CGGCAUUGAGAGUACGAGAAUCUUAUCUUAAAAGAAAAAGUAAACUACGCAAGGAACCCUAGUCACGAAGAUCUUAAAUUCUGAAAGCAAGCUCAGCUCUGACUUCUCAUCGCCUCCAAUUCCUCGCCUCUAUCGUUCCUUUGCCUUUUGCAGGGAAACCCCCCCACAGCCUGCCCAUCAUAUCGCUACAACCACCCAAUUAUCACCGGAAUCACAUCUGACGAUUUCUCCAAACCGCAACCUCGACGUCCCCACUUCGUCUGCGGCGGCGAGCCCCUCCCCUGCCAGGAAAACUUCUACUCCGUACUAGGAACCUUUCUCUUUGGCGAGUUGGUGAUUCAUAGGGAGUGGUACACAAUAUGCAGGCUUCAAGAGCAAGACUUUUCAAAGAGUACAAAGAGGUGCAGAGGGAGAAAGCAGCGGAUCCGGACAUACAAUUAAUUUGUGAUGAUUCCAAUAUUUUUAAGUGGAUGGCUCUUAUAAAGGGUCCAUCUGAAACUCCGUUUGAAGGUGGAGUUUUUCAGCUUGCCUUCUCUGUCCCAGAGCAGUAUCCUUUGCAGCCUCCUCAAGUGCGGUUCUUAACCAAAAUAUUCCAUCCAAAUGUUCAUUUUAAGACUGGAGAGAUUUGCCUAGAUAUAUUGAAGAAUGCAUGGAGCCCCGCGUGGACACUACAGUCCGUCUGUCGGGCAAUAAUUGCUUUGAUGGCUCAUCCAGAACCUGAUAGCCCGCUGAACUGUGAUUCAGGGAACCUUCUUCGUUCCGGUGAUGUAAGAGGAUACCAAUCAAUGGCGAGAAUGUAUACUAGGCUUGCAGCCAUGCCUAAAAAGCGCUGAAUUGAUGCUACUACAAUCUUUUAUGAAGAAAGUCUAUCAAAAAGUGGGGUUUCAUGCUUGAUGAAUGAAUGUGCAACCAACUAUGGAUAAUUACUGUAAAAUCAUCAAAUGUUUGUUGUGUGAUAGAUUAAGCAGACCUUCUUGUAUAAACCGUAUAUUAAUCAAAUUUUCUGUUAUUUUAUUAUAUAUUCCAGUCUGGUAGCGUUUUUCUUACUUGGACUAUAUUGUAAAUCCAUUUCCUCUUGCAGAGGGACUUUAUCAAAUGGUGCACGAAGAUCAUUAUAUAAGUUAUGAAAUAAAUUAUUAACAUAAGAAAAUUGAG